CCACACCCUAGCAGUCUCCUGGCCCAAUCACUCCACUAGGGCGCGCCCGACGCCUGCGCAUUGAGCUCAGGCGGGCACUCCCAGAAACACCCGCGGCGCGGCCUUUGGGCGAGCGGGUUCGAGCGGCGGAAUCCACGAACCGAGGGGAGGGUUAGUAGACUGGGCCUCCCAGCGUCCCGGCCGGUGAGCCGCAAGCUUCCUGGUGUUGGACUACAUUUCCCAGAGCCGCCGCGUCCCCAAUGCGGCUUCAUUUCCGUUUGUUCGUGCGAUUUGGGGGCCUCGCGUGGGGAGGGCAGCGUCUGGAGGAGCUUGGCCCGGCUCCCGUUGGGCGGGCGAACCCGAAAUCGGGGCUUGGACCCCAGGCGCCAGAUCCUGGAUCCUGAACUGCAGCUUCUGUCGAGAGCCCAGAAGAGGAAAAAAUGGCCGUUACACAUUCAAAACCAAAGUCUAAGCUCUGCCUUUUUCAGACUCUGUGCUUCUCUAAGAUAGGAAUCCAGAGGAGGAUUGAUCAUUUCUUGGAGCACUAAAAACCAUGGCUCAGAGAUCAGUGAUGUUCAGGGAUGUUGCCAUUGACUUCUCUCAGGAAGAGUGGGAAUGCCUGGACUCUGCUCAAAGGGAUUUGUAUAGAGAUGUGAUGUUGGAGAACUAUAGUAACUUGGUGUCACUAGUAGACUUACCUUCAAGGAGUGCAAAUAAAGACUUAUCUCCAAAAAAGGAUACUUAUGAAACAGAAUUAUCCCAAUGGGAAAUGAGUGCCAGGCUUGAAAACUGUGAUCUUGAGGAAUCGAAUUCCAGAGAUUAUUUGGAAGUCAGAGGCACAUUGGAAAAGCAACAAGAAAAUCAGGAGGAAUAUUUCAGGCAAGGGAUGAUCAUAUAUGAAAAAAUGUCCAUAUUCAAUCAGCAUACUUACUUAUCUCAACAUCCUAGGUGUCAUUCUACUGAGAAACCCUAUAAAUGUAAGGAAUGUGGGAAGGCCUUUAGACGAGCCUCACACCUAACUCAACAUCAUAGUAUUCAUACUGGUGAAAAACCCUAUGAAUGCAAGCAGUGUGGGAAGGCCUUUAGUCGUGAUUCACAGCUUAUUCUUCAUCAGAGACUUCAUACUGGUGAGAAGCCCUAUGCAUGCAAGGAAUGCGGGAAGGCCUUUACUCAGAGCUCACAACUUAUUUUACAUCAUAGAAUUCAUACUGGUGAAAAACCGUAUAAAUGUGAAGAAUGUGGGAAAGCCUUUAUUCGUAGCUCACAACUCACCCGACAUCAAAAAGUCCACACUGGUGAGAAACCUUAUGAAUGUAAAGAAUGUGGGAAGGCCUUUACUCAGAACUCACAACUUACUCUGCACCAGAGACUUCAUACUGGUGAGAAACUUUAUGAAUGUAAAGAAUGUAGAAAGGUCUUUACUCAGCUCUCACAACUUAUUCUGCAUAAGAGAAUUCACACUGGUGAAAAACCCUACGAAUGUAAGGAAUGUGGGAAAGCUUUUAUUUGUGGCUCUCAGCUUUCUCAACAUCAGAAAAUUCAUAAUGGGGAAAAGCCAUAUGAAUGUAAGGAAUGUGGAAAGGCCUUUAUUCGUGGCUCGUUACUUAUGCAACAUCAGAGGAUACAUACUGGUGAAAAACCCUAUAAAUGUGAAGAAUGUGGAAAAGCCUUUAUCCGUGGCUCACAACUUACUCAACACCAGAGAAUUCAUACCAAUGAGAAGCCCUAUGAAUGUAAAGAAUGUGGAAAGACCUUUAGUCAUGGCUCACAACUUACUCAACAUCAGAGAAUUCAUACUGGUGAGAAACCCUAUCAGUGUAAGGAAUGUGGAAAGGCUUUUAAUCGUGGCUCACUCCUUACCCGACAUCAGAGGAUUCAUACUGGUGAAAAACCCUAUGAAUGUAAAGAAUGUGGAAAGACUUUUAGUCGCGGCUCAGAACUUACUCAACAUGAAAGGAUUCAUACUGGUGAGAAACCAUACGAAUGUAAGGAAUGUGGGAAGUCUUUUAUUCGUGGCUCACAGCUUACUCAACAUCAGAGAAUUCAUACUGGUGAGAAACCGUAUGAAUGUAAAGAAUGUAGAAUGGCAUUCACUCAGAGUUCACAUCUUUCUCAACAUCAGAGACUUCAUACUGGUGAGAAACCCUAUGUAUGUAAUGAAUGUGGGAAGGCCUUUGCCCGUGGUUUACUACUUAUACAGCAUCAGAGAAUUCAUACAGGUGAGAAACCAUAUCAGUGUAAGGAAUGUGGGAAGGCCUUUAUUCGUGGUUCACAACUUACUCAACAUCAGCGAAUUCACACUGGAGAAAAGCCCUAUGAAUGCAAGGAAUGUGGGAAGGCCUUUAGUCAUGGCUCUCAACUUACUCUACAUCAGAGAAUUCAUACUGGUGAGAAGCCCUAUGAAUGCAAAGAAUGCAGAAAAGCAUUUACUCAGAGCUCACAUCUUUCUCGACAUCAAAGAAUCCAUACUGGUGAGAAACCAUAUCAAUGUAAGGAAUGUGGGAAGGCCUUUACUCGUGGUUCACAGCUAACGCAACAUCAGAGAAUUCAUAUCAGUGAGAAAACUUUUGAAUAUAAAGAAUGUGGGAUAGACUUCAGUCAUAGCUCACAAGUUUAUAUAUGAAUUAUCUGAUUCUUUGUGAUUAAAAUAGAGAGCCUUCUCUGGUCAUUAAUCCAUUAUCAUCAAAGAAUUCCUAAAAUGUGAAUAUGGGAGCAUAUUUUCCUCUUCAAGUUCAGCAUCAGUGAAUUCUAAUGGGAGAAAGAUACUGUUAAUGGAAUCUAUGUAGAAAAACCUAUAGUUACUGGAAACCUAUUAAACUUCAGCAAAUUAUAAUAGAGUUCUGUUAAUAUAGUAAAAUAUAGGAAGGCCUUUAGCUGUAGAAUAUCUUUUUCAACAUUAUCUUGACUCUUCCAGCUACUUUUCUUUGUGAUAUUUAUCAUAAUUAACCUCUGCUUUUGUUUAAUCAUUUGUAAGAUAAGCCUAAGAAUAAUACCUUCCUUGUAAGAUUCUUGGAAGUAUUAUGUGAAACAUUUCAUGUAAAGCUCUUAGUGCCUUGAACAUAUUAUAUCACAAGUAUUAGCUAUCAUUAUUACUAGUAUGAUUUUAGAGAAUUUGCAUGAGAAGAGGACAACUAAUGAAUAUGGAGAUAUUUUUCAUUAACCCUUGGCCCCGACUGUUUGGGGAGCACUGUAUGCUGUAAUGAAUAUGAGAAAGCUUUCAUUCACAUUUCAUCCUAUAUGCUAGAAGAAGAAAUUCAUAGUUAAAAAAGUCAUAGAUUUAAUCAGUGGAUUGUUGAAGAGGGAUGAGGUGAAUUGUAACAAAGUCCAAAAACUCAUAUUUUCUAUAAUUUUUGACCACAAUUUAAGAAUGUUACUUAGAAGUGAAAAAAGUAGAUAGUCAAAAUUUUCUACUAUGAAAUUUCUAAAAACUUGAAUGUACAGCUUUUGAAUUAAACUAAAAAUAAACUGACAGUAUUUUGCAGUGAAACAUGAUGACAGUCUGUCAGAGACUAUUUCCCUACCCAGUAUCCAUUUCCCCUUCUUUAGAAUUCUUGGCUGAAAAAUUAUCUCAGUCUCUCUUGCAGGUCAACAAGAUAAAAGUGGUAUUUGUUUGUACAUAUAGGACAUUUAAGAAUACCUUUUUCCUCUCUGCAUUUCUGUUUUCCUGCCUAUGAUGUGGACAUUUAAUUUACAUCUCUGAUGAUUUUUGGGGGAAUUUGAGAAUGCUAUCUAAGGAUAAUUGAGCAGAAAUACAGAAUGAGUCUACACCUAUACUGAUUUUAUGGAAUAGCUGUACCAAUUCUGGUCUGCCUGC